GGUUGUGCUAACUCCCGAGCCGAGCGGGACUCGAGCCAAGAGGCGCCUGAGAAGCUGCAGGCAGCCGCGGCGGCGGCAGCGAAAGCAAAGAAAAAAUCUCCAGUUGGACACGGGGCACCACAAAUCCGGACAUAGACUCAGAACUUCUACGGGUCGCGCUGUGACGAGCAUCCCUCGUCGCCCCCCAAGUCCUCACGCACUACAGGGCUUUGCCUUUCCCGCUGCAGGAAGCGGAAACAAGAGUUGCAAGCAGCAGCAGGUGCGGCAAGGCGGGGGUCUCCUGCUUCCUGGAACCGUGACCCGUGGAAUUUCUUUCCCUUGUCCAGCCAAACGCAGGAGAGACGCUGUCUCCAGGUUCUGAACUCAAAUGCUUUCUGAAGCUUGGACGUGAAGGAAUUCAGAGCCACGAGGGGCAGACAACGCAUCAAGAAGCGUUUAUCUUCUGCGCGCCAAGUCUCCUGCUUGCAAGGAAAGAGUUCUGCCCAGAAAGAGCCUGCCAGCCCUCCCGUCUUGGUUAAGCAGACCACUGACCCCAGGCGCCAGCCUCAGGACCCUGCUGCAAAGGCCAGGUGUACACAGAGAGGAGGGCUUAACCGCCUAGCGAAAGAAUGGAUAACGUCCUCCCAGUUGACUCAGACCUCCUCCCAAAUAUCUCCACAAACACCUCGGAGCCCAACCAAUUCGCACAGCCGGCGUGGCAAAUUGUCCUUUGGGCAGUUGCCUAUACGGUCAUCGUGGUGACCUCCGUGGUGGGCAAUGUGGUGGUGAUGUGGAUCAUCUUGGCCCAUAAAAGGAUGAGGACAGUGACUAACUAUUUCCUAGUGAACCUGGCUUUCGCAGAGGCCUCCAUGGCUGCUUUCAAUACAGUGGUGAACUUCACCUACGCUGUCCAUAAUGAGUGGUACUACGGUCUGUUCUACUGCAAGUUCCACAACUUCUUCCCCAUUGCGGCUGUCUUUGCCAGUAUCUACUCCAUGACGGCUGUGGCCUUCGACAGAUACAUGGCCAUCAUCCAUCCCCUCCAGCCCCGGCUGUCGGCCACAGCCACCAAAGGGGUCAUCUGUGUCAUCUGGGUCCUGGCUCUCCUGCUGGCCUUCCCCCAGGGCUACUACUCCACCACAGAGACCUUUCCCAACAGAGUGGUGUGCAUGAUCAAAUGGCCGGAACAUCCCAACAAGGUUUACGAGAAAGUGUACCACAUCUGCGUGACCGUGCUGAUCUACUUCCUCCCCUUGCUGGUGAUCGGCUACGCGUACACCGUGGUGGGAAUCACGCUGUGGGCCAGCGAGAUCCCCGGGGACUCUUCUGACCGCUACCACGAGCAAGUCUCUGCCAAGCGCAAGGUGGUCAAGAUGAUGAUCGUUGUGGUAUGCACUUUCGCCGUCUGCUGGCUGCCCUACCACAUCUUCUUCCUCCUGCCCUACAUCAACCCUGAUCUCUACGUGAAGAAGUUUAUUCAGCAGGUCUACCUGGCCAUCAUGUGGCUGGCCAUGAGCUCCACCAUGUACAACCCCAUCAUCUACUGCUGCCUCAAUGACAGGUUCCGGCUCGGCUUCAAGCAUGCCUUCCGGUGCUGCCCCUUCAUCAGUGCCGGCGACUAUGAGGGGCUUGAAAUGAAAUCCACCAGGUACCUCCAGACCCAGGGCAGCGUAUAUAAAGUCAGCCGCCUGGAGACCACCAUCUCCACAGUGGUGGGGGCCCAUGAGGAGGAGAUGGAGGACGGCCCCAAGGCCACACCCUUGUCCAUGGACCUGGCCUCCAAUGGCUCCUCUCGCAGCGACUCCAAGACCGUGCCAGAGAGCUUCAGCUUCUACUCCAACAUGCUCUCUUAGACCAUGGGGGCCUUCAGUAGGUGUAGCCACCACCAUCUUUGUCUUGCUUCACUUCACGCAUGGAUAAUUCUUUGAUCUGGAGACCAUCAGAAACACCUUAACAUUGGGGCUUGUGAAAAGGGUCAGAAUGGGUUAGGGAAAACAUCCCACCCUAGAGUCAAAAAACCUAGAUUCUUCCAUGUCUUUGCCACUCCCAGGCUGUGUGACCCAAGGCACAUCAUUGAACUUCUCUGAGCCUGUAAAAUGGGAAGGUUGGACUAGAUUUUUUUCUAUAAUCUAUUCUAGGAUUCUAGAAUUAACUUGGGUGGCAGGUGGGCACUCAUUUCAGGACGAAACCCGUAGUGCAGCAAGAGACCAACUGAUCUGUUCGAUUGGAGCUCCGGUCUUACUUCAAUAAAGUCAUUCUCAGUCUUGCUCAGAUUACCCUCCUUUAGUUGGUGGCUCAUAUCACAUCAGCCUUUAGUUGAUGGGGUGAACAAAGAAGGAACCACAUAAAAUCUGAAUGAAAGAUUUAACCCCGUCUUCUAAGCAGCCAUGAGAAGAAGGCAUACUUCUGCCCCCUUUUGACAUGUCUAUAUUUCAGUGCGUUUAAACCUCAUGGGAUUGAAAGCCUCAGGUUCAUCUGCAUCAUGUCCCCAGUGACUGUCCUGAGCAACCGAUGCAGGUGGAAUAUGUCCACUGAUACCAGCUAGUGUCGGUUAGGGACCAAGGGUCAGGAGACCUGUGCCAUACUUAAUCUGUCUGAGCCGCUCUUUCCUUAUUUGUAAAACUAUGGAGCUGAACGACAUCAUCUAGACAUGCCCUCAAGUUUUAACAUUCAGUGGUGCAAUGAUUCUAUGGGUUUUGUAUUUGUUUCACCAAAAUCUGGUCGUCUCACAAAGAAUAGAAGCCGCAAGUCUAGUGACUUCACACCCAGCUCCUGGAGAUACAGCAACUGCUGAGACCACGUGUCGAUAUCCAUAUCAGACAUUCUCCUAUUUAUGCUAAAACCAGGAGUACUUUCCUUCUCCUGGAAGGUUUUGGCCUUUGACAGAGCAGACGACUUUGUGUCAAAGCCUGCAUAUCUCCAUCAGGCUUUAGCAGGCCAAGUCCCACAGUUGGAGAAUGCCAUCAGGGGGACAAACAUGUGGGCUCCCCACUCUGGCCUUUUGGCUAUCUUAGGACAAGGGCACUAACCCAGAGUCUUAGCUUUACACUAACAGAAGGCAUGUGCUCAGAGGCCCAUUGCGUGAGGAGGUUGUACCCCGCAGCCAUUCUUGUGUGAAGAGGCCACCGUGCAUCUCCCUUCAGACUCUCUGACUCUCCCUUUCCUGUCCCCAUGGCAAGAAAGUGCCUAAGAAGAAAUUGUCAAGGAGUUGUGGACAUCCUCUCUAUGGAAGAGGUUAGAGUUGAAUGAAUUCAGCAAGGACUAUUGAGGACCUAACAAGGACACCUGCUCUGGACUUGGCCCUGAGCUGGGAACACACAGCUCCUUCCACUCUUGAGGAGCCCACUGGCCUGGCUGUUGCUAGCGGGGCCAGGCUGCCCAGCAGGCAUGAAGGCAGCUGAGAAGCUGAUUCUCCACAGGAUUCUAAAGACCCACACUCAACAUGGGUAAUCAGGCCAAACUCUAGGACCUUCAGAGAGCCUUUUGGAUGAGAGUUCCCUGUGAUAAUACCAAAUGGAGACGCCAGUCAGUCCAGGGGAACUAAAGGGAUGUGGCUGAACAGCAUCCGCAGUGCACAUAAUAAGAGGGAAUAUGGGAUGCUCCUCGGCAGUUUCAAAUCUGAUAGAACAUCCCCUCUGAGAGAGCCCGGCAAGACUUCCUCUGACCCAUUCUCCAACAUCCAUUUGACUUAUGAAAACGUUGUCAGCUCCCAUGUGUGAGAAACACCAUGAUUUGCACUGUGCAUGGGUCUCAUUAUCAUAGAAAUGUGUCACCCUGUGUUUAUCUCCAAAUGUUUUUUCCUUGACGUACUAUUCCGUAGUAACAGGAUGUAAGACAUCAUGGGGCCAUCUUUGUUAUACUACUUCCAAACUGUGGGAUCCAGUUGCUGUCAAUGUGUUAUGUGUAUUGUGCCAAUCUCUCCUCCUCCUCAUUCUCUCACAGAGAGGAGCUGAUGUAUAUCAUGGACUCACAGUAGGACCAUAGCAAUUGGGGUGUGGGGCGGGGAAACCUUUAUGAAAGGAACUAAUGGGCAGGAGCUUGUCCUCCUCACCCCCACCAGCAUGCAAAGACAUGCUGGAAUGUCCUUCCUCUUGGGAGGACUGAGUGGAAUCCUGGGAAAAGGGGACUGGGGAGCUGACCUCAUUGACCUGACUUUCAGGAAGAAUCAUGUAAGUAGAGAGGGGUCAUUCCUGAGGUUUCUAUGUUUUCCAGCCUGGGAUCCUGGAAAGAACUUCCAAGCAGAAAUAAAGUAUGUAUUUGACUAUCUCA